AUGCCGGCGUCUCGAAUGCAACUGCGGCGACAGAAUACACUGAUUGCUUUGGGCCUCGCGGCUCUCUGUGUUUGGUUCUUCACCUCGCAUCGAUCGCGAAGCGGCGAACUGAUUCACAGCCAUGAGCAAUUCUGGAGAGAUUUCCACCCGCUUCUUGCGGAUAAUGCGCCAGACUGUCAGCCCCCAAUACGCCUGGGAAAUGCUGAAUCUGCCGGCUUCGAUCCACAAAGCACCGAACCGCUGCCUGACUUAUUGAGGAUGCCAGCCGAGGAUAUUGCGAGGAUGAAACAAGCACACACGGCCUUCGCAAAUGCGAUUGAAAGAGCCCCUCCGGAACUCAAUUACCAGCCACACACGCGUGGACUGGUUUCCACAGCCGGCGGCCCUUAUCUUCCAGUCUUGUUGAUUUCGCUGCGCAUGCUGCGACGUACGGGCUCAACUCUGCCGAUGGAGGUAUUCCUCGCCGACUGGGAGGAAUAUGAUGGCUAUCUUUGCCAGGUUGUCCUUCCCUCGCUGAACGCGCAGUGCGUGGUUUUGUCGGAGAUCCUGGAAGCGGUGCCCGACAGCACGAACAAGAUCGAGAAAUACCAGUACAAGAUCUUCGCAAUGCUUUUCUCCUCCUUCGAAGAGAUCCUCUUCCUCGAUGCAGAUGCCUUUCCCCUGCAAAAACCAGAGGAAUUGUUCACCGCCGACCCGUUCAAGUCUAAAGGCCUGGUCACCUGGCCCGAUUUCUGGCGUCCAACAACAUCCCCUUUGUACUAUAAGAUAUCAUCGCCCAAAGAGAGUGGAACGCAACCGGCCAAACCGACCGCUCUCCGGCAGUCGACGGAGUCGGGGGAAGUACUCGUGUCCAAGCGCACUCACCUUCGCACCCUUCUCCUCGCUGCAUACUACAACUUUUAUGGACCCAGCCAUUAUUACCCGCUUCUCUCGCAGGGCGCAGCCGGCGAAGGGGACAAAGAAACGUUCCUUGCCGCCGCCAACGCCCUCGACGAACCUUUCUAUCAGGUCAGCGAACCCAUCCGAGCCGUUGGGCGCCGGACGCCCGACGGUUUCGCGGGGUCCACCAUGGUUCAGUACAGUCCGAUGGAGGACUAUGCCCUGACGAAGAAGGGCAUUUGGAGAGUCAAGGGUGUCACUGCGCCCACGCCCAGCCCAUUCUUUGUACACGUCAACUAUCCCAAGUUCAACCCGGCCACAAUCUUCGCGGAGAACGGCGUGACCAACCCGGUGAUUGAUGAGAGAGGACAGUAUACGCUGGCAUGGACGGCGCCAGAAGAAGUGGUCGCCUCGUUCGGCGACAACUUUCAGCAUAUGUUCUGGGAAGAUAUCCAUUGGACGGCCUGCGUGUUGGAGGGCAAGAUCCUAAGCUGGAAGGGCAAGACGGGGAUCUGCCAGCAGACGAGGGACUACUGGAAUAGUGUUUUCAAAAAUUCGGCUGGUACGAUGAUGAAUCAGUCAUAA